ACAUUCUUGGAUCCGUUAUGUUACCGUUAUUAGAGCAUAAUCCCACACAACUUUAAAACCCCAACUCCCCAUUGGCCAGAAGAGCCAUUCUCAAUCUAAAAGCAUCCAUCUGCAACAACGAAAGCUGUACCGUCACGCACCAACCCCUAAUGUCCACCUCACCCUCUAUCCUCCACCUCGUCUCCGCCGUCCUCCUCCUCCUCCUCUCCUCCGCCGCCGCCACCGACCACAUUGUCGGCGCCAACAAGGGCUGGAACCCCGGCAUCAACUACACCCUCUGGGCCAACAACCAGACCUUCUACGUCGGAGACCUCAUUUCAUUCAGGUACCAGAAAACGCAGUACAAUGUGUUCCGAGUGAACAAGACAGGGUACGAUAACUGCACGACGGAGGGCGCCACUGGGAACUGGAGCAGUGGGAAGGAUUUCAUUCUACUGGACAAGGCCAAGAGGUACUACUUCAUCUGCGGCACUGGCGGCUGCUUUAAUGGCAUGAAGGUUUCCGUCCUCGUUCACCCGCUCCCUCCGCCGCCCAAGUCAGCCGUCGCCGCAGAGCACUCGGCCAAGGACUCUUCUGCACCACCGGCGGCGCGUGGCGUUGCCCGGGGAGUACUUGGAAUUGUUUUCAGUGUGGUUCUGUCUGUUUGGUUCUGAUACGGAUGGAUCUAGUGGUGGAUGUGUGUUCGUAAAGCUUUUGGAUAGGCCUCUUUUUUUUUUGGAAUUCCAGCAAUUAUUUUAUUUACUUUUAAUUUUGAAAAUCUAA